AUGACUGCAGCAAGAAAUACAGUGUUGGUCUGACGUGAGAGCGCUGAGCUAUAGGAGGCAAUGGAAGAAGAGGCUAAUCGCAUCCCGAUUUCACUACAUUUGACAUUAUUACGAGGAAUCUAAAUGCAAGAAGACGAAACUGAGUUGUGAGUCCCGAACUUGACCGGACAAUGGAAGUAGCUCUCUGCAGCAGUUACAUCUCACCCCUGGGAGUCAACUACCGAGACACGGCGAGUACCUGCAGAAAAACAUCAGUCAGCACCGCCGGGGUAACUACAACUACGUGUGGCUUGAAAGCAACACCUCUGAUUUUGGGAUGCAUAUAAGAGAAAGCGUUAAGAAAAAAACACUGACUACGUAUGUAUAUAUUUCGUGUAACAACUGUGCAAUUCCGCUACUGAUCUAGACGUAAAGGGGUAUACAACCACGUAGUAAAACCUCUUCUAAAAUUGAGACAUUCAUUAAGACGCAGAGCAUAUGCAUUGCCACAUUUAUCACUGAAGGAGGCAUGUUGAAAUUGACAAAUUCCCCUUGUAACAAAAUCCAAAUGGAUCGCAUAGAAUAAACGUCGGAAAUAUCUGUGAUAUCGUAGCCUAACGUGCUGUACCCUCAAAGCAACAAUAACCUGGGCUGAGUGAAAUUCCGCAAACCGCGUUUGCCGCUGUCCGUUGUCCUGAAAAAGUACUCAUUAUUUGGGUUAUCAGAAUCAAUGACGGCGGUCUAAGGAAGAGGGUUUCAUGGCCUGGGCGGUUAUGAACAUCUUGUGGUUUUCUUGUGACUCUGGAAUCUGAAAAAAAAAACAACAGAAGAAUUGUUCACCUUGGAGGUCCGAAAUCAUUAAAGAAAUUGGAAUUCUACUAUUGGUACUCCUGGAGCUGUAGGUAGCCCGAAUGAGACCGGCAAAAAUGUUACGAAUAAACGCUCUCGGGAUCUAUUUGUGGGAAACAAUAGUAUUUUUCAGAAGACUGCAUGCAUGAAACAUUAAAUGGAAAAGCCACCCUGGUCAUCAUCUGUCAUCCUAAUUAUCCAUAAGAGGUUCAUUCUGGAUAUGCACAUUCUCCCUGCACCAAACAAUUGGGAAGUAAUUAACCUAUUUUCUGUUUUCAGCUUUCUUUUUGGAGCUAUAAGUUGCUUGGCAGCCUCUAAAGAAUCCGCGGCUCGAAAAGCCGCCUCCCCGAUGCCUCCCUCUGAGUUCCUGGACAAACUCAUGGGUAAAGUUUCGGGUUACGAUGCAAGAAUCAGACCUAAUUUCAAAGUUGCAGGGGUCCCCCCGAGUGGAAGAGACCCACAAGGCCCCAAAACAGAAGCUUCUCACAAGAAAGGUCCUCCUGUAAACGUAACGUGCAACAUUUUUAUUAACAGUUUUGGGUCCAUCGCUGAAACAACAAUGGACUACAGAGUGAAUAUCUUCCUGAGGCAGCAAUGGAACGACCCCAGGCUGGCCUAUAGUGAAUACCCCGACGACUCUCUGGACCUGGACCCGUCUAUGUUGGACUCUAUCUGGAAACCUGAUUUGUUCUUCGCCAACGAAAAAGGCGCCAAUUUCCAUGAGGUUACGACUGACAACAAGCUACUAAGGAUUUCAAAAAAUGGGAACGUAUUGUAUAGUAUUCGAAUAACACUGGUCCUGGCCUGUCCCAUGGACUUGAAGAACUUCCCAAUGGACGUACAGACCUGUAUCAUGCAGCUGGAGAGUUUCGGCUAUACGAUGAAUGAUCUCAUAUUUGAGUGGGAUGAGAAGGGAGCCGUGCAGGUAGCAGAUGGGCUUACGUUACCUCAGUUUAUACUGAAAGAGGAGAAAGACCUGCGAUACUGUACCAAGCACUACAACACAGGAAAGUUCACUUGUAUCGAGGCUCGUUUCCAUCUGGAGAGGCAGAUGGGCUAUUACCUGAUUCAGAUGUACAUCCCCAGCCUUCUGAUUGUCAUUUUGUCCUGGGUGUCCUUCUGGAUCAACAUGGACGCUGCACCUGCCAGAGUGGGAUUGGGCAUUACCACCGUGCUCACUAUGACCACCCAGAGCUCCGGCUCUCGAGCCUCCCUCCCCAAGGUGUCGUAUGUGAAAGCCAUUGACAUCUGGAUGGCUGUGUGCCUCCUGUUUGUCUUCUCGGCCCUGCUUGAGUACGCCGCUGUGAACUUCAUCGCUCGGCAACACAAGGAACUGCUGCGCUUCAGGAGGAGAAGGAGACACAUGAAGAAUGAAUAUUCGGCUGUGUUACAGGAGGAUGAGGGCGGUGAGGGCCGGUUCAGCUUCACCGCCUAUGGCAUGGGCCCUGCCUGCCUGCAGGCCAAAGAAGGCAUGGCCAUCAAAGGGAACAACAACAACGCCCCGACCGCCACCGCCGGCCCUCAGGAGAAAACGGUGGAAGAGAUGCGCAAGCUCUUCAUCGGCCGCGCGAAGAGGAUCGACACGGUCUCUCGCGUGGCUUUCCCGUUAGUCUUCCUCAUCUUUAAUAUUUUCUACUGGCUCGUCUACAAGAUCAUCCGAAGCACGGAUGUACACCAGAUGACGUAAGCAAGGGAAGAGAGAGAGUUCAAUACCACACCAUCCUGCUCCCAAACCCCAAUACUCCUCGCUCUUCACUUGCUCACUUGCUUUUGGUGGCUAUCGCCUUGGCAAAGGUAAUUUAUCAAUAUUUGUUAUUUUAUUUUAUUCCCCCCCCCUCUUUUCAACCUGAAUAAUCCGGACCAGUGCAAUAGUGAUGCAGUAAAAUGCAUGAUAUAUGAAUGUGGCAAAAUAUUUACAAAACGAUAAAUCAGUAAAUGUUACGACUUUUACCGAUACAUCCGGGAAUUUAUGAUAACUGAGAAUUUAGAAAGAAAAAGAUGUUCUUCUAAGAAGUGUUAGAAGAAGACACUGCAUUCUAAAGAAGAAGAAGAAGAAGUUGGGGAAACACACAGCACUGUAAUAUAGUAUAUAUCUAUCAUAUAUUUAAAAACUGUUAUUUCUCUCGAAAGGCAGAUGUCUGGAUGGAACACGAGGGAUGGAUUUUUAAAAGGAUACUAAGACGAUUUUAGUGUUUCCGUUAAUAAAGUGUCGCAAGGAUCGUGUGUCCUAUAUAUCUCAAUUAGCUUCAAUGUGUGUUGCAAGCACUUAUCAACACUCCCUGAGCCCUCAACGAAAAACUGAGAUUUCAUGUGGUUGAUGCUGCUAUCAACUAAAUGGAGGAAACUUGAUCAGUCAAAAUAAUAUUCUAUUGUUUCUAACCGUUGUGGUCAACAUGUUCCUCUGUCGGCCCUUAACUUUCUAUUUCUCAAUUGCAUAUCGUUUUUAAUUUUAGUGUCAAGUAUAUAUCAUGUUGCUGUAAUCAGCUCAAGCUCUUCUUGGGAACUCUAAAUUCUAAAGGCACAUUUGGCAUCAUUCACAUAUCCUCAUUGUUGCAUUCAUUCAUUCAUUUAUCCAUGUGCUUUUUUUUAAAGGAUUUGGUACUUAAAUCAAAAUAUGAUUCAUGAAAAGUGAAUCUACACUGGAAAAAAUAAUAAUAAUGUAAUCCUGAUUCUUCCUACUCAUUUCAUUGAAGCUGUACUGUUAACAUUUGUUUAGUUAUUUUCAUAGUUUAUUACCCAGUUACGGUAAGAUACCCAGCAGGCAAUGGAGAAAAAUGUAGUGAGUUAAGAUUAAAACAAGAAAACACCUACUGUACCUUAACAAUUAUUACCAUUCAUAUAUUUACACACAUUAAUAAUGUAGCUAAAAAAACAUAUGCAUUAUUAUCAUUAUUUACUAAAUAUGCCUAAAAGAUAUUCACUCAAAAUCAUGGAGAAUAGUUUGAAUCGUUAACAACAACGGUCGGCACAAUGUUCUCAUUGGUAAAUAAUGCAGUACAUGUUAUCGUUCACAAUACUACAGUAUACUGUGAAACUGAUUGAUUAAUACAUUCAUUCAACUAGUCAGUGGCUUGAUUUAAGAUACUGAAAUCCAUUACUUCUCACCAGGCUUUUCUAUGCAAUAAUUAAUAUAUGCAAUUAUUUUUUUUAAAUUAGCUUUACCAUUUACAAAACAUUAUCAUGAAUCUGUUUGAACUUGUGAGCCAUCAAGUUUUUUUUUAAUUUAAGACAUCACAGAUCACAGUGCUCAUCUUUCCAAUGGUGGACAUACAUACCAACACACACGAGGCCUUCAGAUCUACACCCUUAAGCAUAAUGUAAACUAUUCACCGUUCUCCUAGGCCCAUCAUUCUCCACGCAUUUACAUUCAACUACAAACGGGCCAAGCUACAGUGGCUUUUCAUAUUGCAUAUUUAAGACUCUCUGCUCUCUGUAGCCCCACCUCUGGGACAUUGUUUAGCUAGCCUAAAGUGCUGUCACCAAGCCCCAGAAAGAAAGACUACACUACUGCUACCACAGGAAGUAUGGCCUGCGACACAUUGUCAUGGAUGGGAGACUCGGACACAGUUGAAAUAAACACUGGUCGAGUGAGUUUUUGCAUUUAACUUUAAUGCCAAAUGUUAUUUUCCUCUACUUGGGUUUUAUUCCAAACCAAAUAAGUAUUUUGUUAACCUAUGAUCAUUGCCUUCCUGGUUCGGUUUUGAAUAUGACGACAUAAGGGGAAAGAUGCCAGAACACCUUCACAACAGAUAUUAUGCACUGGUUCAGGAUAUUGUUUAGGUUUUGUUGUCGUAACUUAGAUUGAUUCAGUUCUUUCCAUUGACUUCCCAGUGUGUGGAUAAAGUGCUUCCAUUUCUUUUUGUGGUAAUAUGAUGCUAUUCAAUUAACAAUAUUAUAUAUUUUGAUAUGAAACGUUCUCUGCUUCUUCAUCCCUGUUUUCUUCUUCUUCUUGAAAAGUGUAAUCCAUUACUUUAACAGGUCAUAGAUUUUUUUCGAAUGUGUUUCAUGAUAGUUUGAGGUAGUUUGAUGUUUGAGGCUUGAUGGACUUGCACAAGAGAUUAUAACAAUAUUUUACAUUUCGGUCAAUUAUUUCUUAAAUUCAUAUUAUCUUCCAGUAAUUUAUAUUUACCUUCCGGUUGAGGCAGUAUUUGUCAAAAGAUAUGUGUGUUUUUAACAGACACAGUCCAUGUGGGUAAAUUGAUUUGAAGGUCUAAUGUUUUUGCAUUAGUGUUAUUUCAUCACAGAAAAUUAACUUUUCUACAUGGGGCCUACUUAUGUCAUUUAUAAUGUUAUGCUUUACCCAAAACUAUGCAUUUAUAAAAGUUCAUUGUUAGAAUAGGGUUGAAACAUAAAGGGCCUUUUAAAAUAUCAGCACAGUAAUCAAAUCAAAUCAAAUCAAAUUUAUUUAUAUAGCCCUUCGUACAUCAGCUGAUAUCUCAAAGUGCUGUACAGAAACCCAGCCUAAAACCCCAAACAGCAAACAAUGCAGGUGUAAAAGCAGUAAUCAAUAUGUUUUGAAAGUGCUGAAUGAUUUGUUGAUAAGUAUUUAUUUGUUGGCUGUAAUAUUUCAGUACAGAAUUUAACCGUGAAUAUUUUUCUCAGUUUUGACUUCCUCAGACAAAACUGUCCAUUAAAUAAAAUGCUAUCCAAUGUUGAAUAUGCAACAAACUAGGAACUAGUCAUAUCAUGUACCUCCACUCAACCACCAUGAUAUUCACUCAUCCAUUUAAUAGUUAUGGAUUGAACUCUAUGCCCUGACCAUGUGAAGGAUCACUGCACUUGGGACAAUGCUAUAUAGAUUUAUUGUAACCAAUUGCUUAUUAAGGUGCAUUAUUACUAGCGCCCUGUCCAGGGCGUGUACUUGUACAUCAAGCUGCCUCAUGCUACAGAAACAGGAGAUAGGCUCCAGGGUUGGGGUCAAUUCCAAUUUAAAUUGAAUUUUAAUUCAAUUCAGAAUCGACCUGGAAUUAGAAUUGAAUACAUGGGAAAUUAAGGCAGAAAGAAUUGAAUUGGAAUUGAAUUUCUGGAAUUGACCCUGACCCUGAUAGGCUCCUGCCCUACGGGACAAGGGGCAGGGGCUCGGACAAGGCUUACUUUGUUUAUUAUGUUAUUCAAGAUGGAAAUGACACUUACUGCUCUGAAUAGACAACGUCAACAAGGUCUAACAUAUUCUAGAACACUGACACAUUCUACAACAAGAAUUGUAUGUUUAACUUAAUUGCUCAGCAGAUCAAUGUUCAAAGUAUGGAAGUGGUAGGAAUGUUCACUGAUGGAGAAACCCUCCAUUGAACAGAUAGGACUUCCUCCCCUUCAUAUCAACCUGACCUAUCAUAAUGUCAAAUAUUAUUGACAAUGAAGGAAGUUCAUAUAAUAUUUGGCAUAUAGGACGGUGGAAUAUGAACAUUUUAAAAGUAUGAAAUUCAACUAGCAUGUUAUGAUUUGUUAGUAAUUGCUGAUAACAACAGCUGUUUGAUUCUGUUUUCUUUUGAAUAUAUCCGAUGCCCUGGUUGUGGUGAUGCACUCACCACCCAGUGAUAGAGAUGGACACAAAUAACCAGUCAUGAACUGAACUGUACACAAAAAUGGAAACAUUUCUAUUUAUGUAUUUUUAUUCAUUUUUAGCACACAAGUUGGAAUGGCCUUAAUUUAGUUUUACUUGCUUAAAUAUUGUGUAUUGGCACAAAGUGCACAUCUUAAUUUUGCUAAUUACAGUUAUGAUAAUUAUACAAGAGUGCACUUCAGAAGAAGGAAAAAAGUUCAGCAAAUCCUUUUUUUUUGUUUUUGAUUAAAAUGUGAAAACACUGAAUAUUUUGCAUGAAUAUAAACACAAUGGCAGAUAUUUUUGGCUUGUACAAAAAUGUUAGCAAUUUGAAGAAGAAAAAAGGAAUGUACAAUUUCUGCUGUAACUGUAUAUAACUAAAUAUUUAUUGAAAUAUGUCAUUAUAAGUAAUUCUAAUUACAAUUAAAGGUUUUCUGAA